AUGGACAAUUCGAAUAUAGUCGAACAAUACAAGCUUCAGGGUCAUUUUGACUCUAAACGGAAGCAGCUUCUUGACGAAUUUCAAAAUGGAACUUCUGGUGUCAAGGGUAAACUAGACGAUCUUUUGGAAGAGCUCGUUGAUUUGAAAGUCCAGGCGAAUCCCGAGCUUGUCGUGGAAAACAGAGGAAAAUUGGUGGCCCAGAUACAAGCAUCACUAACGAAACAGCAAAUGUAUUCGAGGCCAACUCCAAAGGGUCCCCGUGGACUAAAUCAUUCUGCUCCUAGACUUACUAAAGUGGAAGCAGGCCCCUCAGAAACACCGUCGUCUACAAUCACACAGAAAGAAGCUGACAUCAUCAAGCAGAUUAACGAAUUAUUGAAUGGCUACGUCAAGGAGGUUGUCAGUGGUAAUGAGCAACUUAACAAGGACCUUGAGCAGAGUCUUGCUCGAAUAGAGAGACAGACAAAGCAGUAG